GGGGUGAAGAGUGCUGAAAGGUGCCGAGAGCGGACUCCUGGGGCCGUGGGAGCCUCGUGUCAUGGCUGUUCCCCCUGGACUCCCAGACACCUGCCAGAGUCCCUUCUUCCAAAGCCGGGUCACCUAAGGCCUGAGCCCCCACAAAGAAGGAGGAGGGUCCAUUUCAGAUCCCCCCAGCCCCGCCUCUUCCCCUGCCAGCUCAGCUUCCUCUCUCUCUGAGGAACUUUCACUUCCUGCUACUUCAAGCCUCCCCUCGGAGAACAGAGGCCAGACCAUGGCUCCCUGGCCUCCUGCAUCCUGAGGAUGACGGCCCAGCCAGAGGACAAGGCCUCAGCAGGCCCCACGGACCAGGAGAGACUAAUCCCAUCACAGGGGAAUGGAGCUGGUGAGACCCCCUUAAGGGUCCUUGGGACCCCAGAGCCACUCCUUCGCCUUCAGAGGACAUGGGGGGUGUGGCAGAUCCCAGAGCUGGAUGCCCACAGUGCGAAAGCCCUUCUGGACCUGUGGCCAUCAGGGAGUUUCCUGGUCAUAGGACAUGAUCCCAGACAGGUCCUGGUGUUGAAGUCAGGACCUUCACCAGGGGAAGUCAACACCUACCAGAUCCAGAAGCUUCCUGGAGGUGUGUGUCUGGAAUCCUCUAAGCUCUGCAUGUCAGAUCUGCCGCAUCUCCUGGCCUUCCUAUCAGCCAGCAGGGAUGUUUUGCCCAGAACAUUGCUCUUGCCCCCUCCUACCCUGGGGCCUGGAGACCAAAACACAGAUCCUCUGCAGAUUGACAGCAUCCAACUCAACACUUCAAGGAGGGUGCUCUUCCUGGUGAACAAGCUCUACGUGGAGACCCACAGAGGAUGGGGGAUGGAGCAGACCCCGCCAGAGACAACUCCAGAGACUGCAGAGAGACAUGGUCCAGCCCCCAGGAACCCAGCCCCUCACCGUGUCUCCUGGGUGGAAGGUCCGCUCAGCCCAGAGGAACACCAUCUUAGGCCAGCUCUGGCCAGCCUGGUGGAGGAGAAGGAGGAAGAGGAGGAGGAGGAUGACAAAGAUGAAGAAGAAGGACCUGAGGAUGUGCUCACUCAGCACGUCCGGGCUUUAGCCAGGGCCCGGAGCAGCUACGUGGCCAAGCAGUUCCGAGGCUUCCGGGCGCGCCUCACCUCAGAUGCUGGGGGCCCCCACAGGCCUGGGGACCCGGCCACAGAGCUGCUUCAGGACGUCCGGCACCUCCUUACUGACCUCCAGGAUCACUUAGCAAAGGAUCCAGAUGUCAGGGCUGUCUUUGCAAGCAGGGGGCCUGGGGCCCCCCAGAAGGAGGAGGAUCUAGGCUCCGCAGUGGAGGCGGCCUUGUGCCGCGCGGUGCUGGCGCCGCUGAAGCCCGCCCUGUGGAUGCGACUCCGCACGCUCCGCGCCCCAGAGCUGCGGCAACUACGGCGGCGACAGGUAGCCCUGCGGGCGGAGGCGGGGCCUCCGGGAGCCCAGGGGGCGGGGCGUGAGAGGCGAAGCCCCGCCCCCACCCUGCGGAGCCGCAUUCACGCGCGCCUGGCGCACCUCCACGCGGCCUGCGCCCCGCGCCGCAAGGUGUCGCUCUUGCUGGCGGUGUGCAGUGACGUCUACAAGGGUCUGGCUCGUGGGGAGAACCAAGAGCCCUUGGGGGCCGACGCCUUCCUGCCAGCGCUGACAGAGGAACUGAUCUGGAGUCCAGACAUUGGGGAGACGCAGCUGGACGUAGAGUUUCUCAUGGAGCUCCUGGAUCCGGACGAACUACGGGGAGAAGCCGGGUACUACCUGACCACGUGGUUUGGGGCGCUGUACCACAUUGCCCACUACGAGCCUGACACGGCCCGCGCGCCCAAGGGGCUCAGCUCUGAGGUCCGGGCGUCUCUGCGCAAGUGGCACCGCAGGCGGACGCUGCACAAACAGAACCCUGCCGGGGACCAGGCCAAGCUGCCCUUUGAGGAACCGUGGGCGAUAGAGAUUAUGCAAGAGACCAAAGAUGGUUAGACAUCUCAGACACUUCUACCCCACAAGCAAGAUUCAGGAGGCAUUUGGGACAGCACCAACUUCUGACCCCUGUUGUUUAGAGGCAGGGGUUUCCAGGAAAAGGAAACAGGUCUGAGGAAAGAUCUCUGAACCUUUACAUUGGCUGUUCCUGUUUCCUGGAAUGCCAUUCCCUAAUUUCCACCUUGCUCCUUCCUUCCCUUCUUUCAGACCCUUAGGUAGACGUCACCUUCUUAGUGAGGCUCUCUCAGGCACCUCUGUCUAAAACUACAGCUUCUCUGACUGGAUUCUCCCUGGGGUAAACAGGAUAAUGCCCCUCCCAAGAUGUCCACCUGCUAAUACCCAUAAUCUGUGAAUAUUUUACCUUAAGUGGUAAAAGGGACUUUGAAAAGUGAUAGUGUUAGUCUCUCAGUCAUGUCCAACUCUUUGCGACCCCAUGAACUGUAGCCCCCCAGGCUCCUCUGUCCAUUGGAUUUCCCAGGCAAGAAUACUGGAGUGGAUUGCCAUUCCCUUCUCCCAGAGAUCUUCCUGACCCAGGGAUCGAACUCGGGUGUCCUACAUUGCAGGUGAAUUCUUUACCAUCAGAGCUGCCAGAGGAGCCCAAAAGGGCUUUACCAAUGUGAUUAAAUUAAGGAUCUUGCAAUGGGGAGAUUAUCCUGGAUUCAGGUGGGCCCAAUCCCCUUACAAGAGGGAGGCAGGGAGAUCAGAGUCAGAGGAAGAGACAUGAUGAUGCACACAGACGUUGGAGUGAUGUGGCUAAGAGCCAAAGAAUGUAGGCAUCCUCUAGAAGCUGAAAAAGACAAGGAAUGGAUUUUCCCAUGGAAUCUCAGAGGAGACUCAGCCUUUGACUUUGUUUUUUAAAACUGAAGUAUAGUUAAUUUACAAUGUUGUGUUAGUUUUAAGAAUAUUUAAAGAAUAUAUAUAUGUGUGUAUAUUAUAUAUAUAUUCUUCAGAUUCUUUUCCAUUACAGGUUAUCAUGAGAUGCUAAGUACAGUUCUCUGUGCUAUGCUCUUGGUCCUUGUUUACCUAUUUUACAUACAGUACUCUUACUCAGUCGCUUCAGUUGUGUCCAACUCUUUGCGAACCCAGGGACCUUAGCCUGCCAAGCACCAAGCUCUUCUGUCCAUGGGAUUCUCCAGGCAAGAAUACUGGAGUGGGUAUUUUUAAAAAUAUUUAUUUUAUUUAUUUGGCUGUGUCAGGUCUUAGUUGUGGCAUGAGGGGAUUUUUAGUUG